AGAAACUUCAAAUGUGCGGUACGGAAGAGGAGAUGAGGGAAGUGGCUGGCAGGAUAUGCAGGAACUACCUCCAUGGAGCUUGGAAGACGGUGGACCCUAAGGACCUCAGUUUUAGAAGGAUCAGUGGUGGUCUGUCAAACUUCCUAUACUACAUAGCGUUGCCUGAUGACGUGUCGAAAUGGGGAGGCUACCAGAAACGGGAGAGCUCACCGGAGACAGACCCUGAGAACUGUGACAAUAGGAACAUGAGGAGGACCCUGGUGAAGAGCACCUCCUUCUCCAUUGAGGAACCUAGAAAGGUAUUAUUAAGAAUCUACGGGCAAGUGCACGGAGAGCGCGCAAUGGACGCCAUCGUCACCGAAUCUGUGAUCUUCACGCUACUAUCAGAGAGAAGACUUGGACCAAAGCUACAUGGCGUCUUCUCUGGAGGCAGGAUCGAACAGUACAUACCAGCAAGGUGUCUACUGACAAAAGAACUAGCGGACCCGGCGUUAUCUAUGAAAAUUGCUGAAAAAAUGGCCGCCAUACAUUCAAUGGAGGUGCCCCUGAACAAGGAACCAAACUGGAUUUGGAAGACCAUGUAUAAAUGGUUGAAGACUGUUAAAGAGGAGAGGCUGAACAAUACUGCUCAGGGAAAGAACGAACAAGAGCAGCGUAUCAUCCAGCAGCUGAAGAACACAGAUCUGGAGAAAGAAAUUGAAUGGCUGAAGAAAUUCCUCGCUACUGUCGACUCCCCCGUCGUCUUCUGUCAUAAUGAUAUGCAAGAAGGCAACAUCCUUCUCGUCGAAGACACUCAAACAACAUCAGACGACGAAGUGUUACCCAUAUACGUACAAACGUUCGAUACAGACGAACCACGGACAGCUAAAAACGGUUCCAUAGAUAAAGACAAUUUCUACGAAGAUGCAAAUACUUCGGACACGGUCAUAAGUCAUAUGUCGGAUUGUGGGGAGCCUAAAUUGGUCCUAAUUGACUUUGAGUACUGUGCCUAUAAUCAUAGGGGGUUCGAUAUCGCUAAUCAUUUCCAAGAAUGGGCAUUUGAUUAUACUAACCCGGAGCAUCCGUUUUAUUAUGAGCAUCAAGAUUCUACGCCUAGUUUGGAACAGAAGGAAAUAUUCAUCCGCGAAUACCUGAAACACUAUCAGGCGAACAUCUCAGACAGAACAGAAGUCAGUUUGGACGAUGUGAACAAAUUACUGGAUGAAGUGGAAGCGUUCGCCCUGGCCAGCCAUCUGUUCUGGGCGCUGUGGUCCAUUGUCAAUGCUUCCAAGAGCCAGAUACCUUUUGGUUAUUGGGAAUACGCAGUGUCAAGACUAGAAACUUACCUGAGGUUAAAACUAGAAGUGAUCAAGAAGGACAAAUACGGACUCCCUCAAAAGAGGAAAAUCUGCGAGGUCGACAUAUGA